GCCUUUUUCUGAACAUGCAAAUCGGAGCUGAGGAAUUCAGAGUAUCGAAGGCCAAGCCUCCUCAUGACUCUGAGAUACACGGAGUACCGCGUUAUAAUUACUCUUAUUUAGAGUUCGGGAUAGUUUGCAAAGACGUCCUUACAGCAUACACCCUGGAAGAAACGCAGCCAACCCAGUCAGCUGGACCUCAUGGACUUCAUGUGAGCAUCGUUUCGGCAAGAUGUGAGAUGAACCAGGAGAAAGCAGCGACGGAGGCCAGCGACGCUAUGUUGGUCCGCGGCUCUAAUAGCAGAGGGCGUGCUAGAGUCAGCCAUGCUGUGGUGGUCAUCUUUCUAGAGUUCUUUGCCUGGGGCCUGCUCACGACACCUAUGCUGAAGGUGCUCCAUGAAACUUUCCCUCAGCACACGUUCCUUAUGAACGGUAUGAUCCAGGGAGUGAAGGGUCUCCUGUCGUUCCUGUCCGCCCCUCUGAUUGGUGCCAUGUCAGACGUGUGGGGAAGGAAGUCCUUCCUCCUCUUGACAGUCUUCUUCACGUGUGCACCCAUUCCCCUGAUGAGGAUCAGCCCUUGGUGGUACUUUGCACUGAUCUCUGUGUCGGGUGUUUUCGCGGUGACCUUCUCUGUCAUAUUUGCCUACGUGGCUGACAUCACCGAUGAGCAGGAACGCAGCACUGCCUACGGACUGGUGUCCGCUACCUUUGCGGCCAGUCUGGUCAUCAGCCCGGCUAUUGGGGAGUACCUGUCCGCCCAGUACGGAGACAGUCUGGUGGUGCUGGUCGCCACUGUGAUUGCGGUGGCGGACAUUGCCUUUGUGUUCUUUGUGGUUCCGGAGUCGCUGCCAGACAAGAUGAGGCUGAGCUCCUGGGGCUUCCCCAUCUCCUGGGAGCAGGCGGACCCCUUUGCUUCUCUGCGCCGUGUUGGAAAGGAUAGCACAGUGCUGCUGAUCUGCGUGACGGUCUUCCUUUCCUACCUCCCUGAAGCGGGACAAUACUCCAGCUUCUUCCUCUACUUAAAACAGGUGAUCAAGUUCUCCCCAGCAGCCAUUGCUGCUUACAUCGCCAUGGUGGGGAUUCUGUCCAUCAUCGCCCAGACGGUGCUGCUCAGUGUCCUCAUGAGAACGGUAGGGUAUAAGAAGACGGUUCUACUGGGUCUGAGCUUCCAAGUGCUGCAGCUGCUGUGGUACGCCUUCGGAUCUGAGCCCUGGAUGAUGUGGGCGGCCGGCACCAUAGCAGCGCUGUCCUCCAUCACCUUCCCGGCAGUCUCUGCUCUGGUCUCACAUAGUGCCUUGCCGGACCAGCAAGGAGUGGUCCAGGGCAUGGUGACAGGGAUCAGAGGCCUGUGUAACGGCCUGGGUCCCGCUCUCUACGGCGUCAUCUUCUUCAUGUUCAACGUAGAACUUGAUGAAAUCACGCCGGUCACGAGCCACUCUCAGGUACACACACACACACACACACACACACACACACACACACACACACACACACACACACACACACACACACACACACACACACACACACACACACACACACACACACACACACACACACACACUGAAUUGUAUUUUAGAUAGCCCAGGUGGUUCAGACUUUCAACGCUCGGUUGUAAAGUAUCAACACUCGAUGUCUUUUCCAAACUCUUAUUUUGGCAGUCCGUGAUCCCCGGCCCCCCCUUCCUGUUUGGAGCGUGUGCCGUGAUUCUGGCCCUGGGCGUGGCCAUCUUCAUCCCCGAUCACCACCGAUCGCCCGAGGAUAAGGCCAGCAGCAUCUCUACCACCCACUCCCAGAGCGCCAACCCCCUGGCCAUUCCCACCAGCGACACGGAGGACCAUGAGCCCCUCCUGCAGGACAGCAGCAUGUGAACGGUGUCACGUAGCCUCUCCGAUCACACCACCUGUCACGGCCGUGCGCUUUGCCCUGCCUUCUCUUCUCCCCGUCUCUCUCCAUUGAACCCCCCCCCCCCUUUCAAGUAACCCUGCCUCAGUAAACAUAUGUUAUCCAGAACUUUCUAAAGACUUAUUUUUCUUUCGCGUGCAAAGCAGUUGUGAGUGACUUUUCCGACACAAGAGCAUACAUGCAUGGAUGUACGCAUGCACACACACACCCACAGUGAUCGCAGGAAGGCCCCGUUAGAGGGGGAGCCGGGACGUUUUUUUUAAUUGCUUUGGUCUGACCGACGCCGAGAAGAGGACAGAGACACUUUGCCUCCCGGUAUUAUUUUUUAGAAUCCUUUGGACUGUGAGGCUUUUCCCGGACUUCACCCAGGUGUUUCUAGAGGUUGUACCCCGGCUAUGCCUCUGGGGAAGGGGGCAGAGCAGGCAUGGCCGACGGGAACUCUUUCCUCAGGGACCACAGCUCUCACCAAUGUCCUUCCCAUGUGUGUGUGGUAAUCUGGAACCAUGUCUUUCAUUAUAUCGCCAUGGAGAUGACCUCCACGUUAUGUACGUUAUCAGCUAUUCUGGAAUCGUCCGUUACUUUGGCAACCGCCACAGGGGUGAGUGUGAGGGUGCGUGUGAGUGUGAGAGAUGAAUCUCGUCAGUCCAGCAAGCCACCGUGAGGCAUACUUUUUAAAAAGUAAUUUCCCACAAAUUCCUUUUGUUUUUAUGCUUCAAGCAUGUUUUUCCCGACGCAUACAGAGUAAAUGUAAAAUUGCUUCUUCGUGUUACCUGCCAUAUUGGGUAGGGUAAAUGAAGCCCUUGUAAUUUGAAAGUGAAUGAAAGUUACUGACAUUGUUUUUGCCAAGGUGUGUCUGUCAACCAGGCGACUAGGGAGUACAAUUACUGUGCCAUCUCGGGAUGAGGAUCUUUUAAAAUGCCAACAAACCUGGAAAAGACAUUCCAGAUUCACCCACGCCCCCCGGGCAUGUGACUGCUGGCCACUCGGUGCUAAGCCCUACUCUAAUCUAGACUAGUCUCAGUACUUAGCCCUGGUAUAGCCUAGCUAGUCUCAGUACUUGGCCCUGGUAUAGCCUAGCUAGUCUCAGUACUUAGCCCUGGUAUAGUCUGGCCUGGUCUCAGUGCUUAGCCCUGGUAUAGUCUAGUCUAGUCUCAGUACUUAGCCCUGGUAUAGUCUAGUCUGGCCUUGUCUGGGUUUAGCUUAAAGCCUAGCCCGGUUUAGCCACUAUCCUCGCCAUGGCUAAGCAAUUUUACUUAUGUACUUCUAGUCCAUCAAAAGUGAAAAGAUAUAUUAUUUAUAAGCCUGAUUUCCUCUGAAACUUGAAGAAAUGUCAGUCAUAUCAAACGUUUCCUUCUUUAAACAUGGUCAACAUAAAUAGUACUGCUACUCAUUCCCCUCCGGUCCUAGACUUUUCAACUGCUUCCCUCCCACUAAUUGGAUAUUGGUAGUAUACAUAGUCCUAUAUUAUUAAUAUAUUAACUUGAUAUUGGUUAUAUUCUAAUUGGCUGUGGGUAACCCUUCUAGGCUGUGCAUCUCUAGAUCCUCUUGACAUCCCGGCUGCAUGUGUAUAGUGUAGCUUCCCUCCUGUUUGUGUUAGCGGGACCGUCAUAAAGUGGGCGUGUCGGGGCGAGUUGUGAUCAGGGGAAUGUGUACAGACAUCCUUUCAAUACAUACUGUACAAAUAUCCAUCUUAUCAGGACUUGUUCUCACAUAGUCAGGAUCCACUUGCUAUUGCAGUAAACCGGUCAGCUCAGCCUGCAAGCGUUGCCAAUAACGACCUCAGAACUCCACGGUGAGGGGAGCUCGCCCUAAAGCAGUAAUCCCUGUGGAAGUCGCCAGUAUUUUAACACAGACGUCACCAUCUUUUCAGCUCUGUAAAUGAUUGGUUAAUGAACCCACUGCAAAUGUCCGUCGUCAUAAUGUGAUGAUGGCAACUUGAUCAUGAUUUCCGAGCAACGGUCUGCAUGGCACAAGAGUGUGGAGCCAACAUGGUGAAGGGGAGCAGCUUUAACGGAUCAACCAUGUCUGAAGAGAUGCCUGGUGUACCACUUGGCUCAUUUCUAGGAGCUCAGACUUUUUAGAUCCUUCCUUUUAUAAAGCAGCACUUUUUUUCCUUGAUCAAUAUUAAUGUGUGUGUGUAUAUAUAUAUAGAGAGAGAUAGAUAGAAGCAUAUAUAUAAGGUGUUUGAUAUGGCUAGUUUAAUGUAGCCUUCAUUAAUCUAAACAAGGAGUUAAACAUUUAUGCAGUGAAAACAAUGCUGAUUUCCAAAUGAUCCAUGUUGCGUUUAUGAUGCGGUGAGAUUGCUUUUCAUUUCAGCAAAACGUGUGCCUCUGGAAAUGAGAACUUUUUUUAAUGAAUAAGUAUGUAUAUGUUUUGCAUUUGUAUUUGCAUAAUUUGAGCUUAUUAAAACUAUCAUUUUGAAUCGCUUGCAAUGAAUUAAUAAAAAUUAUUGAUCUGGA